GAGGAUUGCGGCUUUGAGCACUGUUGCCGGAGAGAUCAAUCCGGAGCUUAUUGGCCUGCCAAGACGCGCCAGCUUCUGUUGUUUUGUAUGGCCAAAGAGAUGACAGGAUUCCCUUGGGAUCGAUUAAUAUUUGCUCAGUAGUUAAGAAAAAUCCUUACGGAGUAAUACUAGUCCACCUGCAAUGAGUACGUUUCGACUUCCGUUUAAUGCCAACCGAACAGGCCCUCCCAACUUUCUACCUGCACAUAUAGACACAUACAGUGCUAGCAGCCACGCGGUGCUCAGAGACAAGGGAGAGCAUCGGCGGAUCGAGCUACCAGGAUCUAGUACGGGACUUCUAGGAGAGACGACGCAAGCCUUUUCGGGGACGUCUUCGCCUUUCGCUCCGCAUGCGAAAGCAAGAAAGCUUAGAAGCAUAUCUGGACAGGUCGAGGUCCCACCAUCGAAAUCAAAGAAAAAGGCUGUGUUUAUCUGGCAGUGUUGCCAAGACGGGAAAAGUGCGAUCAGUAUAAAAACAGAGCACUGCCCGACCUGUUCCCACGCAAGGUGCAACAACUGCAGGCUCCAGAAAAUCACCCAAUGACAAGGAUUGAGAAAGAGGAUGCGCAACCCGCAGUACGGCUUCGCUUGCUCGGUGCAGACAGGGCGUUCGCAGCAGGGGGAGGACGAUUGGUGGUACAAGGAAGGAGAAAGGCGAAAAGUGAUGCGAAAAGGCAACAACCCUUUGGCGCAUGGUAUAUAAACGCAUCAAGCCCUGGGAUUGGUCCUUCCAGGAAGUUGGGCAUCAGUUUGGUUUAUACCUUGGAUAUGAAAGGCGUGUCGAAAUCGCAAAACAUGUGUUCCCAGCGCAGUUGUUCAACUGCC